AUGCUGCCCCCGAUUCCAAACCUCGAUGACUAUGCUCUUUCGACCACGCAUGGAUUUCUGCCAAACGAGCUGCCGCUUACGCGACUCCCCGACCCAUACUACAACAAAUGGGAAGCCAUCGCCGCAAAUCUACCAGCACUGAUUCUUAGCCGUCGGCUUCGUAGUGUCAUUGACCGGCUACCAGUACUCGAUACUAUUGGUCUGGAGCACGAUGCAGAAUGGCGCCGUGCAUACUCGCUUCUUUGUUUCAUGACGCAUGGCUAUGUCUGGGCUGGUGACUCGCCCGCAGAUCGCGUUCCGCUGCAAAUAUCCAUUCCACUUCUCACAAUAUCUCAUCGUCUUGAGAUUCUUCCCGUCGCGACAUAUGCUGCUGUCUGUCUUUGGAACUUCAAACCGCUGUUCAUGAAUGAGGACAUUGACAACUUGGAAAACCUGGCCAGUCUCAACACAUUCACAGGCUCCAUGGAUGAAUCCUGGUUUUACUUGGUUUCAGUCGCUAUCGAGGCCCGCGGCGCACCUAUACUUGACCUGGGUCUUACUGCCAUGGAGGCAGUCAGACUUAAUGAUAGCUCCCUCGUCACAAACUGCUUAUGUGCAUUCGCUGAGCGCAUGACAGAUCUCACAGGUCUUCUUCAGCGUAUGCAUGAGAGUUGCGACCCAACGGUGUUUUACAAUCGAAUCCGCCCAUACCUUGCUGGCAGUAAGAACAUGGGGGAGGCGGGCCUACCUCAUGGUGUUAUCUAUGAAGACGGCUCUGGUACUGAGACGUUCCGACAAUACAGCGGAGGCAGCAAUGCUCAGAGCAGUCUGAUCCAGUUCUUCGAUAUUUUCCUCGGAAUCAAGCACUUCCCUACCGGACAGUUGGCGCAAACCAGCGAAUCCGCGUCCAAACGAAACAAUUUCAUCCAAGAUAUGCGGCGUUAUAUGCCAGCACGGCAUGCGGACUUUCUCAAUGACUGUGAGAAUGUGGCUAAUGUUCGCUCAUAUGUUGAAAGUAAUACUGGUGAUGAGAAGCUGUGCCUUGCAUACGACGCGUGCCUUGCUAUGCUGAGCGCGUUCCGCGACAAGCAUAUUGCCAUUGUCACCAGAUACAUCAUCAACCCAUCACGAGAAGUCCGGUCGAGAAGCCGCAGCCCGGAAGCUACACGAGGUCGCAACAAUAUCGCCAUAGCAUCAAGAAAGGGAGACGGCAAAUUGCAAAAGGGCACUGGCGGAACUGCUCUUAUUCCUUUUUUGAAGCAGGCCAGAGACGAGACUGGUGCUCCGGCAAUAGCGGAGUGGACGAAGCGGUUCAUGAAGCACCAAGUGAAAUCUUCACAUCAAAGCGAUGUGUUUUCAGCCCAACAAAGUGAAGCGUUGGCGUCAAGGGUAGACGAGGUUCGCGUGAGCGGGCUUGCGCAAACAUGGACUAUGGAAGAUGAAAUGGGGGGGAUUUGCCAAUUUUAA